ACGGGGCGGUGCUUCGUGUGCAGCGUUGAAGCAUCCCAGCGGAUGGAGAAACGGUAGAAUUCUGCACCGCCGGCGGCGCGAGUUUAGCGGUUGGUUUCAGCGGGAAGAGCCGGGGGUUUGUGGUCGGCGUGUUUUCGUUUCGGCGGCGGAAGGCUCCGAGGUGCCCGCGGAGUGGCGAGAGCGCAGCGCGGCGACCUGGAGGCCGGGAGAUUGUCCAGUCAUUAUGAAUCUAAGGGACCAUCUUCAAUAAGAAAAUGCUUUGUGAAAAAUCGAAAAUUAUACUCUUCAAACUAAAAGCUUCCUUUAUAGAACUCUUUGUGUUCUGGUUCUGAUUCUAAUAAUUGGAACACGCCUGUAACUCGAGGGAAAAGAAACAGCAACAGCGAUACAAACCCAGGACCGAAGUUUCCUCCACACUGCAGUGACCAUGGGUGACCAGCAGGAGGAGUAUGUGGAGCAUCAGUACAUGUGCAGCGAGUGCCAGCAGCUCUUCAACACUCUGGAGGAGGUGCUGAUACACCAGCAGAUACACACCGGCGCUGAGGGCGAGGACGCCGAGGCUGUGUCCUGCCAAGAGGACACGGGGGAGAGCCAGUACCAGUGUUUAGAAUGUGGCGCCAUCCUCAGGAACUCGGAGGAACUGCUGCUGCAUCAGGAGAUGCACAUGAGGGAGGCGGGGCUGGAUGGAGAUCACGAGGUGUGUGAGGUGACAGAAACGGAUGCUGCAGUGGCAGGAGUGCCAAUCCACUACCAGUGUCUGGAAUGCUUGGCCCUCUUUGACACUCCGGAGAUGUGGAUGGCACACAGACAGACACACGGCAAGAUGAGCACACACAGCAACAUGUCCGAGGCUGAUUAUGUUCUGCAGCCGGAUGGUUCGAUUACCCCUGUGGUCAGUGUACAGAAUCUGGUGCUGGAUGACGAGAGGGCGGGACAGAUCUUGACUCUGGCUCAGGCUCUUCGAGAGCAGCAGGCUCAGAUCCAGCCCAAACCAGCACCUACAUCCAGAGCCACCCUUCUGCCAGGCUCCGCCUCCGCCUUGCCCGGCUCCGCCUCAGCCAUGCUCCGCCUGCAGUUCUGCUCUGCUCAAGCCAUCGCUGACGGCUCUGCCUCUACAACCCUCCGCAAGGCCAAGCUCCUCCCCCCUCUUCUGCCCUCGGAGCCAAUCAAGCUUGAGAAUGGUGUGACUGCGCUUAAUCUCAUCCCUGCCAUCGAGCGCUCUGAUUCGCUGAAGCACGGCGAGGAGGAGGUUUUGAUCAUCCAUCCGUACGAGUGCUCAGAGUGCAACCUGCUGUUCAGCACUCCGGAAGAUUUCCUCCACCACCAGGGGGAGCACUUCCUGGCGCAGGACAAAGAAAGCGGGGGCACCGGGGUCAUGCUCGGGUAUGAAGACGGUUCUGUAUUGAGAGAUGGAGAGGACGUGGAGAACGGGAGUCGGAUGGGACCGGGGAGAAGCCUGAGCGGAAGACGAUCGUACACCGGCCGCUCCAACGACCUGGGCUUAAACUCCUCCAUGUCUUCCGCCAGCCUCCAGUGCGAGGAGUGCAACAGGACGUUCACCACGGCCAACCGGCUGGCGGCGCACCUGAGGGUCCACGAGCAAGGAACGCACGAGUGUCCGGAGUGUGACAAGGUGUUCAAGAAGUUGGGAUCGCUACAUACACACAUGCGUACACACUCUGGGGAGGCCCGUUUCCUGUGUGUGGACUGUGGACACAGCUUUACUACAGAAAUGACCCUCAUCAUACACAGGAAAUCACAUACAUCUGAGCCUCUUCACAGAUGCCCCUUCUGUGCCAAAACCUUCACCAACAUGACCAAGUUCCUGUACCACCGCCGCACACACACAAACCGCGAGCCUGCCAACCCUGCGUCCACAGUCCCUCUGACUCAACGCAUUCCUCUGUCCAUCAUGCAGAGGGCGAGAGAACGUGAGGCUGCAUGGAGGAAGGAGAAGCAGGCAGCCCUUAUGGCUCCAGUAACUGCCGAACUGGACUCGAAUGAGACCGUUCUGGAGGCGGCAGCCUCUGCCUGUCAGGUGGCUGUGGUAGCAGAGAACGGGGUGGAUUCUGAGUAUCCAGCAACGCAGGUUGUUGCGACAUUACAGGUGCCUUCAGACGUCCCUAACGGCCAAACCUCGACCAGUACGGAAGGAUGCGUGGGAGGGGCGGACACGGUACAGACUCUUGUUACUGGAGAGGCUUUAGGAUUCUCCUGCUCCACCUGCGGUAAAGCGUUCACCUCACAGAUCCGGUUACUGAGCCACCGACAGACGGCCCACUCUAAUGAGCGGCGCUUCAAGUGCAACGUCUGCGGGAAGCCGUUCAAGAAGCAGAUCCACCUGCGAAACCACCUGCGCACGCACACGGGCGAGCGCCCUUUCCAGUGCAGUGUUUGCGGCAAGACAUUUUCCUCACUGGCCAACCUCAGCAGGCACGGCCUCACGCAUACCGGGGUGCGCCCGUACCGCUGCGACGUGUGCCACCGCGCCUUCAGCCAGUCAUCAAACCUGCGGCAGCACCGCCUGCUUCACAGCGACCUUGCGCCUUCUCCUUGUCCGGAGUGUCCUGCGACCUUCGUCCGACCGGAGAAGCUCGCAGCUCACCGCUUCUUGCGGCACCCAGGAGCACCGGCGCCAUACCCCUGCUCCCAUUGCAAAGAGGGAUUCUUGCGCAAGCAGCAGCGAGACAUCCACUGCCUGGAGGAGCACCCUGACCUUGCACAGCCUUUCCCAGGAGGCCUAGUAGGUGAGCAGGCAUCCACUGCUGGCGGUGCAACACAGCAGGCUCCCUCAUUGGCACCCAAACAGAACUUUGACUGCACUAUAUGUGGGAAGCGUCUGAACUCUCCCGCAAACCUUCGCUUGCACCAGCUCAGUCACGGACUAGGCCCGGGUCGCCCACGAGGCUCAGGCUCCACGUCAGGAAAAUCCCAUCCUUGUCCCGUCUGCGGGAAGCUGUUCGUUUCAGCCUCGAGCGUCACGCUGCACCAGCGGGUCCACACGGGGGAGCGGCCGUACCCCUGUGCCGUCUGCGGGAAGCGCUUCCGGCAGAACACGCACCUGCGGGAGCACUUGCGCACGCACUCUGGCGAGAGGCCCUACCGCUGCGAGUUUUGUGGCAGGGGCUUCGUGCAGAGCAUGCACCUGGCUGAGCACAGGCGCACGCACACCGGCGAGAGGCCGCACUCCUGCGCUGAAUGCGGAAAGGCCUUCAAGACAGUCUCCAACCUGAGGAACCACCGCAAGACCCACACGCGUGCCCACGCGCAACAGGAGGCAGAGCAGGUGAAGGACAUCCUCACCACAGAGGCCACAGUUGAAGGGAACGUAGCUACGGUUGCCGUGUUGAACACCUCGGAGAUGAAUCUCGCGACUGCAGUACCGGCUCUCUGCCAGCAGGGGGUCCAGAUCGGACAGCCACAGCUCAUACAGAUCCAGACGUCUGGUCUGACUCAGACUCAGGGCACUCCCACCAUCAUGUGUAAUGAGUUCGGGGAGACGAUAGCCAUCAUAGAGACGAGCGGCGACCUCGCCGAGGCCAUAGAGCUCUACCACACUGCACUGGAGGGCGGGGUCAACAUGGAAGCCAUCACACUGGACAACCUGCAGCUGAUGUGACAUGAAGGGAUGGAGCAGAUAGUGGCAUACUGAGAUGGUCAUACUGUGGGGCUGGGCUGGAUAACUACAGGAAUGGAGGGGCCAUAGCUGGCUGGAGGGGAUAUUGAGGGAGGAUGGAGUUUUGAGAAUUAUGAAAUGAGUAUCUGACAGGUUGCUGGCUCUGUUACAGUGAGCGUGAAAUGCCUGGAUGUUCAGCUCCAGCGUUCUUUAACCUGAUCUGUGUCUGCUGCAUUUGAAGCAUACAGUUAAGGACCAAUACCUCAAAUUCUGUGGUUGUUUCAAUUAAUAUAAGAUCUUACUGUAAAUGUAGAGGAGUCUGCCCUGUGUUUUAACUUGGGCAAUGUUAUUUUUAAAGUAUGAGGAGGAAGAUAGAAACAAUUCAGCUUAAAUUACAAGAGUUUGCCAGAAUUCUAAACAUCUGCAUUUAACUACUUGCAUUUGCACCUAUUUUUAACAGGUGUUCACAAAUCGUGUAUAAUCUAUAAUAUAAUAGAAUAAAAGCCUCAGACAUUUGGGCUCUGCAGUUCUUACUCUAGAGUGAUGGGGUGCCAUCUUUAGGAGGAACUUGAGUGGUAGAAUGAUUUAUUCAACAUCAGCCAGUAACAGACGUCUCACCAGUAACUGAUGCUCUAUGAUGUGGCUGAAUACAAUCAAAUCCUUACAGCAAAGUCCUAACAUCUAUUAUGUAAGCCCACUUACUGUAUUUUUCGCACUAUAAGGCGCACUUAAAAUCCUUUCAUUUUUCCCCAAAAAUCAAGAGCAAGCCUUGUAAUAUGAAUUUUACCAGUCAAUUUGUUAGUAGCAGUAAAGCCUCUCCACUGGGUUAUAGUUUCGAGCAGUAUUAGCAUUAGCUGCUAACCGCACUAAGCACUAGUUAGCUCUUUUGUCGUUCAGAGGUGAGAAUUAUCUGCCUGUAACCUGUUCUUAACCAUGGCUAGCACUUAGCUCUCUUGCCAUUCAGAGGCGAGUAUAUUUGAUUGUAGCCUUCCCAUUUACUGUGUUAAAACAAGCUAUGUGGGACAAACUGCUAGCUAGCUAAUAUCGCCCUUAUUGGAACACUCAGGGUUCCUCAGUGCAGAGCUGUCUGGCUAGCCUUCGAAAAAAAUCUGGAAAUCUAAGUUACUGUAGAUAAACAGAAGCGCUUUACCUUAUGAAAAGGAAUUGAAAGGUUUUAAGUAAAGAAUUCUGUGUAGAUUAACAUUGAGCGCUAGCUUGACUUAAAAAAAAAUUGCGCCUUAAAGUCACAAUUAAUGACAACUUUAUAAGCCCUAAAACGGAGCCCUGUGGGAUUCCACAAUAUGUAUUAACCUACAUUUAAAGCUGUUGUCAGCAGUGGAAAUAAAAACUAGAUAUCAAUGAAGCCUGCAAGAGCAAGUCUAUAAUAUUGUAAUAUUGUGAUAAAUACCCUUUAUUUUAGCAGAAAUGGUGGAGGAGCAGAAAUUCAGAUACUUUGGCCACACAGUCUAUACUAAAUUGACAGAUACAGAGAUACAAGGAAACAGGUCACACUUUGUAUUAGGUAAUAGUCUGUAUGCUACACAUGCAGCAGAAGAUGAUCAGUCACAGUGUAAAGCAUUCCUAAAAAGAAGAAAAACAGGGCUACAGAAAAGUGAAGCGAUCUAGUUGGAGCCAGGGUUAAGCCCAGCAUGACCAGCCUGAUGAACUCAGAACCACGAUGGAACGGACUGCAGAAAACACGCUAAAACAGGACAAACCCGGCACGAAGCGAGAAGGUCCGAGUAGAGCUCUCGCCUCGGGCCCAGUGAUGUGAAUUCAGACAGGGGAUGGACAGGAGAUCUCAUAAAGACCCAGUCUAAAAAAAACUCUGUUCUCCUGGUCUGUACUUGUCCGUUUAAGUAUCUUAUAACUUAAAAUGUGUUUUUUUUUUUGUUUUUUUUUUUUACUUUACUAUAUGAUCAGCUCAAGUGUCAAGUUGUCAAAUAUAUGUUGUAAAUAAAAGCUAACAGUUUG